AAAUGGGAGGUUCUACUAAGAAAAGCAAGAAAUCUGUUGCAGAAGUGUCUCCGGUUGAGCCUGAAUCAAAGAAGCAGGUGCUGUAUAUGCUUUCCUCGAGUCACAAUUCAGAAACCAAGCAACUUCUUAAGGACCUAUUUCAGCUCGGGAAACCCUGGGGAGUAUAUCGAGAGAACUAUCACAAUGAUGUCGAUCGUUCUGAAAGUUUGAAUAUUCACGUUGGUGAACACAACCACCGCAUCGCUGAGAUGGUAUCCAAUCGUAUGGGAUGCGGGCUUUAUGUUGUGGCAAGCUCCAAUAAGAAGCGACCUUUAAGUUUGGGUUUUGGUCGUCUAUAUGAUGGCAAGAUUCUAGACUGUUGUCAUUUACGUGCUCUAAAGUACGUCCCCUUUGAUUUUUUCAAGGGACCUAACGACCUCGAGAUAUCGCAUAACUCUUACCCACUGGUGGUGGCACAAGGUGCUCAUUUUGGAGAAGAAAGCGGGCGUAUGCGCACUGUUCGGGACAUACUUUUGGAUUUCUUCCGACCUCCACAAACUGGUUGUGUAUCUCUGGAGAACAUAAAUCAGGUUUUAGUUUUAACUAGUGUUGAUGGCGAAGGAGACCAACCCGGAGCUCAACCACAACGCAUUCUUUUGCGCCGUUACCAAAUAAACCUCAACAAGUCUAGCGAUGAUCCUAAGUUGCCUCAUGUUAGUCUCACUGAGAUUGGUCCGCAUAUUGAUCUGGAGGUACUAGAUUGCAUGGAGGCCGACGCCGAUACCUUUAAACAUGCCACAGCGAUUGCUCGCAAGCCUCAAAAGCUUGUUACAGGUGUAGAUACGGAGCAUUCUGUGCCAGUGAAGCGCCGCAAAAAUGUAUCUACGACUGCCCUGGGUCAUACCCAGGGUCGCGUUUACAUCAAUCGGCAAUCACUCGAUAAACUUUACACUCCUCACUCUAAAACUUUGAAAGCCAAACGGCAUGGAUAAUUU